AUGGCCAUCGCAAUCGGUCUCGAAGGCUCUGCCAACAAGCUCGGCGUCGGUGUCAUCCUCCAUCCCUCCUCCCAAGCCGACAGCCCUCAGACACAGCAAGCUCCUUCGAAGCACGACAGCCCUCCGGUCCAAAUCUUGUCCAACCUGCGUCACACCUAUGUCUCGCCUCCAGGCUCUGGUUUCCUGCCCAAGGACACGGCUGCUCACCACCGUCGCUGGGUCGUCCGUCUGGUCAAGCAGGCCAUGAAGCAAGCACGCAUCCAAGUCGACGACAUUGACUGCAUCUGCUUCACCAAGGGCCCCGGCAUGGGUGCUCCUCUCGGCGCUGUCGCUGUUGCUGCUCGUAUGCUCUCCCUCCUCUGGAACAAGCCCCUCGUCGGUGUCAACCACUGUGUCGGCCAUAUUGAAAUGGGCCGUGCCAUUACUGGUGCCCAGAACCCCGUCGUCCUUUACGUGUCCGGUGGAAACACUCAGAUUAUCGCAUACAGUGCUCAACGGUACCGUAUCUUUGGCGAAGCUCUCGACAUUGCUGUCGGCAACUGCCUGGACAGAUUUGCAAGAGUUUUGGCUAUCAGCAACGAUCCUGCUCCUGGUUACAACAUUGAACAGAUGGCCAAGAAGGGCAAGGUCCUGGUCGAGCUCCCUUACGCUGUCAAGGGCAUGGACGUCAGUUUCUCCGGUAUCCUCGCGCGUAUUGAAGAGCUAGCAAAGAAGCUGGAAGCUGGUCAAAAUGGCAAGACCGAAGUAUGGAAAGAUGACGAGACGGGGCAAGAUAUUACUCGCGAAGAUCUGUGUUUCAGCUUGCAAGAGACUGUCUUUGCUAUGCUGGUAGAAAUUACUGAACGCGCCAUGGCCCACGUUGGUGCAAGUCAGGUCUUGAUUGUUGGCGGUGUUGGCUGCAACGUGAGGUUACAAGACAUGAUGGGUAUGAUGGCAAGCGAGCGUGGAGGAAGUGUCUUUGCAACUGAUGAGCGUUUUUGCAUCGACAACGGCAUCAUGAUUGCCCACGCUGGUCUGCUCGCCUACCGCAUGGGUCAGACGACAGACAUCAUGGACAGCAGUUGCACACAGAGGUUCAGGACUGACGAACCCUUGAUCAAUUGGAGAGACUAA